AUGCGUAUCACAAUAUCAAUUAAUUUUCUUUUAUGUUAUGUUUUCAUGAGUGCUUGGGCUUUACCACCAAAGGGUUGCACAUCCUGUAUGCUUGCUCCAAUAGAAUCUCAUCAUCGAAAUCCAGGAAACUACAAAGUCGAGAAACUUCUCAGUGAUGACAAUUGCUUUAUUCAACGACUUACAUGCAAUGGAAUCGAAGAAAAAUCCGAAACAUUUGUUCAGUUCAAUUUUGGACAAAGCGGAUUUUUCGCCCAGGGAGAUCAAACUGUUGACUUGGAAUGCAAUGCACAUGGUGAAUGGAUUGUCAAUCGACAAGGAGCUGUGCUGGUAGUCGAAUCUCUAGCCUGUCUAUCGACAUGGUUUCGAUGA